GAGGUAGACACAGAGCGAGGCAGAGAUGGACAGAGAAACACACCGUGGCAGAAUAGUACUGAGGAGAGAAAGAGAGGCUGUUUAAGUUUUAACUAAAAUCUGAAAUUUCAGCCUUUUAAGAGUGGAAUACAGGAUAUUGACAUGACAAUGAACCACACCAGUGAAUAAUUAGUUGUGGUGCAUCCAUUAUCUGAUUUGAUCGAUUCACAGCUUGAGCUGAGGGUGAAGAAAAUGUUCAACAGUUGAACAGCACUUACUGGCACACAAUGUCUGACCAUGAGGAUCUGAGCAAAGCCAUGGGCCACUGGAAUGCCUCGGACAGCUACCAGCUGAACGCAGCUAGCGUGAUUGUGUCCGUAGUGUUCUCACUCAUCUUCCUGCUGGGCACGGUGGGCAACAGCCUGGUGCUCGCUGUGCUCCUGCGCAGCGGCCAGCUCAGCUACAACACCACCAACCUGUUCAUCCUCAACCUCAGCGUGGCCGACUUCUUCUUCAUCAUAUUCUGUGUGCCUUUCCAGGCCACCAUCUACUCACUGGAGGGCUGGGUAUUCGGCUCCUUCAUGUGCAAAGUGGUGCACUUCUUCAUCAACCUCACCAUGUACGCUAGUAGCUUCACCCUUGCUGCUGUCUCUGUUGAUAGAUAUUUGGCCAUUCGUUAUCCACUGCGCUCCAGAGAAUUACGAACACCCUGUAAUGCGGUUGUUGCCAUGGUGAUCAUUUGGGGUCUGUCUCUUGUCUUUGCCGGCCCUUACUUGAGCUAUUAUGACCUGAUUGAUUUCGAAAACAGCAACGUGUGUGUUCCUGGUUGGGAGGAACACAACCGCAAAGUGUUGGAUACCUGCACCUUUGUGUUUGGCUAUGUCAUCCCUGUACUCAUUGUCAGCCUGUCUUACACACGCACUAUCAAGUAUCUCUGGACAGCUGUUGACCCACUGGACGGCAUGUCCGAGUCUAAGCGAGCCAAGCGCAAAGUCACCAAGAUGAUCAUAAUCGUCACAGUGCUGUUCUGCAUCUGCUGGCUGCCCUACCACGUGGUCAUCCUGUGCUAUUUGUAUGGAGAUUUCCCCUUCAACCAGACCACUUAUGCAUUCAGGCUGCUCUCACACUGCAUGGCCUACGCCAACUCCUGCCUUAAUCCCAUUGUCUACGCGCUGGUGUCCAAGCAUUUCCGCAAGGGCUUUAAGAAGGUGUUCAGCUGCAUUCUCAGCAAAAAGGGCCGCAAUAAGGUGCAUGUAGUGCAACUGGCUAACACUGUGCCUGGCUUUGAAGCUGCCUCGACUGAGGUAUCACACAUGAAUGAAGAAAACGGCAGACAGAAUGAGCGUGAGAUAGCUGAACGCCCCCUUACAGAGUCACAGGAUGCCACCAUGAACAUAACAUUACCUUGCCAGAAGCAGCCAUGAGCACAGGCAGUACACUGGAUGGUAGCAAUGGUCAAAAGGGCAGAGAUAUAACAUCACAAUACUUUUCAUGAUAAAUAUCGUGAUUUUUUUUUUUUUUUUUUUGCAUAAAAAAAAUUUGGAAUAGAUGCAAUGCACCAGCUAAUACAGUACUGGGUUCAUUGAUAUUUAUUCAUCUCGUAAAAAAUAAAGAUAUAGAGUAAUACAAAAAUAUUCAUUUAACUAUCUAUUACUUUGUGGUUUUAACUUAAUUUAGUGACACAAGUUGUUCUGGGUUUUAAUUCAUCAAGAUCUACUUUUCCUAGCAAAAUAAAGUUUAUCAUGAUGUAAUCUAUCAUAAAAACGAUAGCACUAACUGCUGGUGCUACAGAAGCCUUACUGAAUUGGGACGCUAAUGUACCACUGCCACUGGACAUAACCCAUAUGCUUUAACGUUGACUACUAUAGACAAUGAUUACCAAAACUGCUUCAUUAAUGAUAAAGAAAAAAAAAUGCACAUAAACAGACGAUAUAUUUUUCAAUAUAAUAAAUUAUUUAUUUUGGGGGGGUUGUUUUCUGGUAAGUAUUAAAAUGUGUUAUAAAUGUGUUAUUUAAAAGGUGCAAAUAUCUAUUUUUAAUGGCUUUUUGAGCAUGUUGCAAUGUAUAAUGCUUCUGUAAUGAUUAAAUGAUUCUGUGAUAAAACUGCAGCCGAUAAUUAUGUAAUGCACUCUAACGUCCUAAGAAUUUUGUAUUCAUAUAAAAUAGUAUUGAUUUCUUUCUAGCUUAUUGCGUUUUGACACUUGUGAUCUUCUGUCUGACUUAUCUCUGCUUGCUUGUGAUCUUCUUACAUAGACUACAUUCAUAAUUAACAAGUGCAAUUUCCAUCCCAGAUUUCACUUCUCCAAUCUUUCCCAACACUUCAUAUAGGCAUAAACAAAUGGGCUCGUACCAUUUUGCACUUUUAUACUGGUUGUUUACAACCAUUCUGAGGUUAUUGUCAUGAUUGCCUUACCUCUAUGUCUUGCUUUUCUUUGGUAUUAAAGAGUAACAUGUACAGAGUUGACCUUUACGAUAUUAAUGUUGGUUGAUUUCAA